GAAAUAUCUUAUUCAAUGGCAGCUUAUUUUGAUACACUUAGUGGUGAUAGUGAUGAAAAAUCUGAUUAUCAAUUAGCAAUAUUUAAUGAUUCUGCGAAAUUAGUUCAAGCAAUUCGUAAACAUCUUGCGGAAUAUUAUAAAUUAUUCUCCGUUCCUUCUUUCUUACGAAAAUAUAUUCCAUUUUUUAAAAAUAAAACAAAUGAUAUGCUUCAUAACAUGGGAUUUAUUAACCAAAGACUGAGUGUAAUUAUUAAGAGACGUAGACAAGAAAUUGAUAAUACACCAUUGGAUGAACCCUUACCGUAUGAUAUGUUGACAUCGAUGAUUAUCAAAAAUACACCUCGUGAUGGUGAUUAUUUCGAAACUGGUGAAUCCAUGAGAUCUAUGACUGAUAGUGAAAUUCGCGCUAAUUUACUUGAUGGAAUUAUUACUGGAACUCAUAAAUCUGCAAAUUUGCUUUCGUUCAUUAUCUAUUAUAUUGCUCAUAAUCCAGAUGUUAAAAAGAAAAUGUUGGAAGAAAUUGAUAGUAUAUUUCAAGGUGAUAAAAUUCGACCAAUCACUAAAGAUGAUUUUUAUAAUUUAAAUUACUGUGAAGCGAUUGUAAAUGAAGCAGCUCGCAUUUUUCCAGUAGUACACUCCUUUACAAGAUGUAUUGAUAAGUCCGAUGAAAUAGCAGGACGUCAAUGGUUAGCUGGUACAACGGUUCUAAUUAAUGUUAAAGCUAUUCAUAAUUAUGAAGGUUAUUGGGAAAAACCUAAUAAAUUUAACCCUGAUAGAUGGAUGAAUGAAAAUUUUAAGCCAAAGAAGAAUUCUUAUAUCGCAUUUGGUGGAGGAUUAAGAUCAUGUCCAGGAAGAAAGUUGGCAAUAGUCGAAUUAGUUUGUUUGAUAGCUUUAUUAUUUAGGAGAUACGAAAUUGAUUUAAUAGAUAUGGAUUCUCCUAUUAAAGUUAUAAGUGACAAUAUUGCAGUUACUUGUGUCGAAUUAUUAGUCGAAAUCAAACUAAGAAAUUGAUUUUCUUAUUUAUCGAACUUUUAGUUGAAAUCAAAACCAAGAAAUUGAUUUUCUUAUAUUGUAUCGAAUUAAAA